AUGUCUCGAUCUCGCCAUGCAAGGCCUUCCAAAUUAGUCAGGAGGGAAGAUUUAAACAAAAAGAAAAACAGCCAACUGAAGAAGGGAUCUAAGCCAGCCAACAAAAAUGUGGCGACAGUCAAGACUGUGAGCCCUGGAAAAUUAAAGCAAUUAAUUCAAGAAAGAGGUGUUAAGAGAAAAACAGAACCCAAACUGCCUAUGCCAGUCAGAAGCCUUCUGACAAGAGCUGGAGCAGCACGAAUGAAUUUGGAUAGGACUGAGGUUCUUUUUCAGAACCCAGAGUCCUUAACUUGCAAUGGGUUUACAAUGGCUCUCCGAAGCACCUCUCUUAGCAGACGACUCUCCCAAACCCCAGCGGUCAUAGCCAAACCCAAGAAAGUUCCACCUCCUAAGAAUCUAGGAAAGCAACAUGAGUGUGAUUAUAAGGUACUUACUGACAUGGGAGUAAAGCACUCAGAAAGUGAUUCAGUCCCAGUGCAAGACCCCUCAAUCCCUCCUGAUAUAAAGAAUCUAAUUGGCAUACAAAAUGCAUCAUUAAUAAAAGAUGAGAGCCAAGAGACAACCCAGUCUUGGUCCCAAAGUGUGGAGGAUUCCAAAAUAAAUCACUCUACUCAUAGUGGCCCUGCAGCAGAGGUUCUUUCUGGGUCAUUGGAAGGGACACAUGGUGGUGAAGGACUAUUCUUUAGAGAGACAUUGAAUGAUAUUAGUGAUUCCCCUAGAAUGUUUGCUCGGGACACUCUCUGUGUUCCUUUGCUCCAAAAAGCAGCCCUCAGGGUUACCUCUGAAGGAAACCCCAGCAUUCAGUUAGAAGAUUUGGGUUCACGAGUAGAAUCUCUUAAGCUAUCUGAUUCUUACCUGGAUCCCAUCAAAAGUGAACAUGAUUGCUGCCCCACCUCCAGCUUUAAUAAGGUUGUACCUGAAUUGGACCUUAGAAACUGUUUGUCUAUUGGUGGGUCAAUAUAUCCUACCUCAUUAAUACAACUCCUCUUGGCAGGUUCAGAACAAGAAACCCUUGGUGCUAAACCAGAUCAUCAAGAGGUACUCAAAUCUACCCCAGAUGAACAGGAAGUUGCUGAUACCACCCCUGUCCUAGGACAGGCCUUUAGUGCUGUCCCACAUCAAUGGGAAGUUCCUGGUGCUAACCCAGUUCAUGGAGAGCCUCUGGGUCAGACCCGAGACCCACCAGAGAUUCCUGGUGCUAUUCCAGUCCAAGGAGAGGUCUUUGGUGCUAUCUUAAAUCAACAAGUCCUCGGUAUGGUUGGUGGUACUGCCUCAGACCCCGAUAUCUUUCUUCCUGCUCCUCUUAACCCAAUUGCUACCUGUAAUGCUCUCCCAGAAUGGCCUGAGCCCCAGAGCACUGUUUCAUCUGGGCUUGAGGUCCAGAGCACUAUGCAGAUUUUGCCUUCGGGCUUAGGUCACACUCCUCAACCACCAUCAAACUCAGAGAUAAGUUCGGUACCUCCCGCAAUGGCUAUAAACAAUAUAGAAAAUAAGAAGAAGGUUCAUAUAAGCUUUCUGCCAGCUAACACUCAGGGGUUCACAAUAGCCCCCGAGAGAGGACUCCACCAUGCUUCACAGGGCAUUGUCCACCUCUCCCAGGCCAGUCCCAGCAAAUUGGAAGGAGAGAGCUCCCAGAUCAGUGCCACCAGCAUGGUUGACAUCAACACCACCGUGGUGUCUAGGCCAGUGUCACUUGUCAGUACCUCCUCUUCUCCUUCCUACACAACUUUGCUACCUACUUUGGAAAAGAAGAAACGAAAGCGAUGUGGGGUCUGUGAGCCCUGCCAGCAGAAGACCAAUUGUGGUGAAUGUACCUACUGCAAGAAUAGAAAGAACAGCCAUCAGAUCUGUAAGAAGAGGAAAUGUGAGGAACUGAAAAAGAAGCCAUCCAUCAUUGUGCCUUUGGAGGCAGAUUUUGACAACAAACCAGUAAAUGGCCCCAAGUCAGAAUCCAUGGAAUACAGUAGUUGUGGUCAUGAGGAAGAACAAAGAUUGGAAUUGAGUUCAUGUCCCUUAGAAAAUGUAACUAAAAAUGAAGAAAGUAUGACAGGUAUUGAAGUGGAAAAGUGGACACAAAACAAGAAAUCACACUUAACUGAUCAUGUUAAAGGAGAAUUUAAUACAAUUAAAACAGAAGCUGAAAAUUUGAAAAGCUCUGAAGAUGACAGGAAAAAAAUCCUACUUACUGACCUCCUUGAACCUCAAAAAUUGUUUGCACAAACUGUAAGAAACGGCAUUAAAAAUGUACACUAUUUGCCAACAGAAACAAAUUUGUCUUUUAAAAAAAUCAACAUUGAAGAACUUGGCAAGGCAUUUGAAAACAAUCCUUAUAAAUUCCUGAAAGACACUGCAAACCAUAACAAUGCCAUGAGCGCCAUUGCUACUAGUGCGAGCUGUGAUCAUCUCAAGGGGAGAAGUAAUGUUUUGGUGAUUCAGAAGCCUGGCUUUAAUUGUAAGUCUUUUCCAGAUCCUGCAAACUGCAACUUAAAUAGUCAUACUAGUAUACACAAUGAAAGUGAUCAACCAAAAUCCCUAGAAAUUAUAACAAAUAGAGAACUAAAAGAAGGAUCAACACUUCAACCAAGUCUUCUAUCCCUAAUGAAAGAUAGGAGAUUAACGCUAGAACAAGUAGUGGCCAUAGAAGCUCUAACACAACUUUCAGAAGCCCCAUCAGAAAAUUCCUCACCAUCGAAGUCAGAGAAGGAUGAAGAGACAGAACAGAGAACAGCUAGUUUGCUUAACAGCUGUAAAGCUAUCCUGUAUUCUGUAAGAAAAGACCUCCAAGACCCAAAUUUACAAGGGGGGCCACAAAGCCUUCAUCACUGUCCAUCUCUGGGAAAGCAAAGUUCAUGCAACACAUUGAUGUUCAAUGGCCAAAAUAUUUCUAAGUCACACAGCAGCUCACCUAGUGACCAAGCAUCCACAAAGGCACAGGAAUAUUCAACAGUCACAAAUUCAGUAUCUGUUUUUAUACCAAAAUCAAAUUCAUCUAAAACCGAUACCAAUAAAAAUGUUGCUCAAGGCCGAAUUGCUCUUGACAGUUCCAAAAAUUUGCAUCAGUUGACAACAACAACUAAUAAAUCGGAGUAUUGUAACCAGUCACUGGACAGCAGCAUCAAGUUGGACUCAAAGGAUGAUCCCUCAUGUCAAGAUACAGUUCAUAGUAAAAUAGAAGAAGAUGUUGCUGCACAGUUAGCACAACUUGCAUCAAUAAUUAAAUUCAAUUGUAUAAAACCAGAGGACAAAAAAGUUGAAAGUACACCAACAAGCCUUGUUGCAUAUAAUGUACAGCAAAACUAUAGCCAGGAGAAGGGCACAAUAGAGCAUAAACCACCUUCCAGUGUACAAAAUAAUCAAGGACCUUCAGUAACAAAGCAAAAGAACACAAUCCAGAAAAAGACAAAAUCUAUCCCAUCAAGAGACCGACGGAAAAAGAAGCCUGUGAUCAUAAGUUGUCAAGAAAAUGACCAGAAAAAACAGGAACAGUUGGCAUAUGAAUAUAGUAAGUUACAUGACAUUUGGAUAGCAUCUAAAUUUCAAAGAUUUGGUCAAUUUGGUCCACAUGACUUUCCUAUUCUAUUGGGAAAAAUUCCUCCCCUAACCAAAGUAUGGAAACCACUGACUCAAAGGAGCUCAGCAUUAGAACACAAAAAAUUAUUUCCUCCACUCACUCAAAUAAAAUUUGAGCGGUAUUAUCCUGAAUUAGCACAGGAGAAGAUGAAGGUUGAACCCUUGGAUUCUCUCCCCGUAAUCCAGUUAAAAACAGAAUCCAAUGGACAGGCGUUUACAGAAAAUGGAUAUGCUCAGGUACAGCCAACAGUGAAUGUCAAUCAGAAAGCUCAUCCUUUACUCCAGCCAUCCUCUCCAACUAACCAGUGUGCUAAUGUGAUGGCUGGCAAUGACCAAACACAGUUCCAACAGGAUGUUAAAGACGAAGUCACACAUCAGAGGCUGCCAACAUUGCCUGGUAUCUCUCAUGAGACCCCUUUACCGGACCCAGCACAAAUUCUCAGGAACCUAAAUGUAGUAUGUUCAGGUGGAAUUACAGUGGUUUCUACCAAAAGCGAAGAGGACGUCUGUUCAUCUAGUGCUGGAGCAUCAGAAUUUUCCCCAAUAGACAGUGCACAGAAAAGUUUUAAUGAUUAUGCGAUGAACUUCUUUACUAAUCCUACGAAAACCCUGGUGUCCACAACAAAAGAUUCUGAAUUGCCUACCUGCAACUGUCUUGAUCGAGUUAUACAAAAAGACAAAGGCCCAUAUUAUACACACCUUGGGGCAGGACCAAGUGUUGCUGCUGUCAGGGAAAUCAUGGAGAAUAGGUAUGGUCAAAAAGGAAACGCAAUAAGGAUAGAAAUAGUAGUGUACACGGGGAAAGAAGGAAAGAGCUCUAAUGGGUGUCCAGUUGCUAAGUGGGUUUUAAGAAGAAGCAGCGAUGAAGAGAAAGUUCUUUGUCUCGUUCGACAGCGUGCAGGCCACCACUGUCCAACAGCUGUGAUGGUGGUGCUCAUCAUGGUAUGGGACGGCAUCCCUCUUCCAAUGGCUGACAAAUUGUACUCGCAGCUUACGGAAAGUCUAAAGUCAUACAAUGGUCAUCCCACAGACCGAAGAUGCACUCUCAAUGAAAAGUAAUCAAAUCUGU